AAAGCUCUAGGCCAGUUAUUAAUAACAGCCCAGUGACUCCCCUGAUCCAUCUAGGAGCAUAUGGUGUUUUUCACAAAAGAGAGAGAUCAUCUCCUUGGCUUCGGACUUCGCUUACUGAACCACUAAACAAUAAGAGCCUACAGGCAGAUAUUAGGCUGAAGAACAGACAAUUCAAUGAAGUUCAACUCCAGAGGCCAAGGGUUACGCCUGCUCUCCAUUUGUCUGACUCACUUUGUGGGAUACCACUGUUCAACCAUUCCAUAAACAGUGAACAGGAACAAAAGUUGCUAAGAGACCACCUGUGCUGCAUGUACUUUGUUCUAGCCAGAGCAGACAGAGAGAAAACCACAGAGCAGUCAUCUGUCACAGCCUGGGAUUAAGUCAGGAAGCAGGAGCAUUCUGGAUAUGACGUGUAAAAACUGGAUAUUAAUUUCUACUACUACACCCACAAGUCUGGAAGAUGAAAUUGUGGGAAGACUUCUAAAAAUUUUAUUUGUUAUCUUUGUUGACUUAUUGUCGAUUAUAUACGUUGUUGUAACUUCUUAGGAAGCUGACUUCCCUUAUUUUGCAAGUACAUUUCAUAUUAAAUGCCUGUGGAUAAAAAUUUGUAGUUUAAUGUGUUGAAUGAUUUUAAUUUGAUGACAUCUCCUAUUAUUCUAGAAACCAACAGAACACUACAAUAAAAACAAUAUUGUGUAUUA